AAUAGGAGUGAGUCAUGCUUCGAAUAAAGAGGCGACACACAGCGAUAAGCAUGCAACUGAGAUGGACGUUACCCUCCUGAAGGAACAAUACCACUGCAUCAGAAAGAAACUCAAAACGCACGUCGUUUGGUUCAAAACAGCUAACAAUGAAGACAUGAGUGGCAAGCCCCUGGUCAAUAUUGUCUCAAUAAACCAGAACGUGAGAAAAGCAAAAGCCUCUGAGGUGGAGAUUCCCUUCAAAGAGAUUCAGUUUAAUUUCCCUGGCAACCUCCAGGACUAUGAAUCCCCCUGGCACACCCACCUGGGAAUCUACCACAGCACUCAAACAGAGCACCGAAACACUGGAACAGCUGAAGAGAACUCAAAGACAAUGGACUCAGGAGAGUGGCCCAGCCCCACAGCCGACCCCUCACUAACAAAGGAUAUCUCCCCAUCAUGCCAGCAGCUGCUGGAGGAGCAAGCAUUAGAUACUUCAGCCAGCCCCACAGCUGACCCCUCACUAACAAAGGAUAUCUCCCCGUCAUGCCAGCAGCUGCUGGAGGAGCAAGCAUUAGAUACUUCAGCGGCAGACAGCCAAUCGGAUGUGCCUGACCGCACCAGUAACUGCUGCUUGGGUGAUUCACUGGCCCACAGGCCAAGAAAGUCCUUGACUCCUGCGAUACAGACUGGACAGCAGAGUCUAGUCGCUUAUAAGCCACCAAGCAGCACCAAGUUGCUCUGCUACCCUUUCCCUCAGAAGAAAUGCCCCAAGAAAUCGGAGGCUGCCCGGAGACUUGGGUUGUAUGCUACACGCUAAUCAAGUGCCCUUUACUCUGUACACUCACUCACAUGUGCUUUUUAAAGCUGGGCGGAUGUCUCCUCUUCACCAUCGAGGCACCAAUGCCCUUAAAUAAAGUAACACAUUUAGAGCUACUGAUACUAUACCCAAGAGCUACUUAAUUGUUGAAAACUAUUACAUCAAAUGAUAUUACCAAAGCGCUUAAAACUGUGCUUAAGAGAACUGGAAAUAUAUCACGG